GUACCUAGCGCCUCCGCUCGGCCCCUUUAAAAGCUGGUUUCCGGAGGCCUGACCUAGGGCAUGGGAUGCUCGGGGUGGAAUCGAGAGUUGGGAACCCGGGAGGUGGUGAAAACUUCCUUAGUUAAGAUUCCAACUUCUCCCGGGCCUGAUUCCCUUAGGGCGUCCCCAAGUGGGCAGAGCUUCCCAGCGGCGAACUUCGUUUGGUUCCUUAGGUCAUCUAGCUGGGAGGCACAAGAGGCCCAAAGCGCCUCCCUCCACCCAGACCAGAGAAACCCCAGCACGACUGGGAAAGUCAGGAACCACCGCGUAGCCUCUUCCAGCCCGGACCUGGCUUAGACUCGACUCUCUCCGCAAGACACACGUAGGCAGGUCCAUCGCCAGCCGGGGAGAGGGGUGUGAGCAAGAAAGGAAUAGGUGCGCGGCGGGACCCGCCCUCUCUCAACAGAACGCGGCAGGGUGGACGUUCAAGGAAUAGGAACAAGGAACAGAAGCGGGAAAGGGGAGGAGCGUGCACCCCUCCCGGCCUUGGUGCGCGCCGCGCCCCCUACCCUCCGGUACUUGGGAAGGGACGCGCGGGCUGGACGCGCCCAGACGGCCGAGAUGGCGCUGGUGGCCCGCGGGCUUUCGCUUGGUCUGCGCUCCGAUCCGGCCGCCCUAGGCCGGGGUACGGUUGUCUUCCUGUGGCUCCUUUUUAGCACCUGGUGCACAGCUCCUGCCAGUGCCAUCCAGGUGACCGUGUCAGACCCCUUUCACGUGGUGAUCCUCUUCCAGCCGGUGACCCUACCCUGCACCUACCAGGUGACCACGACCCCCACAGUACCCAUUGUGGUCUGGAAGUACAAGUCCUUCUGCCGGGACCGCAUCGCUGACGCCUUCUCCUCAGCCAGUGCUGACAACCAGCUCAAUGCCCAGCUGGCAGCUGGUAACCCUGGCUACAACCCUUACGUGGAGUGCCAGGAUAGCGUUCGCACCGUCAGGGUUGUGGCCACCAAGCAGGGCAACGCUGUGACCCUGGGAGAGUACUACCAGGGCCGGAGGAUCACCAUCACAGGAAAUGCUGACCUAACCUUUGACCAGACAGCGUGGGGGGACAGUGGUGUAUAUUACUGCUCCGUGGUCUCAGCCCAGGACCUCCAGGGGAACAAUGAGGCCUACGCAGAGCUCAUCGUCCUUGGGAGGACCUCUGGGGUGGCUGAGCUCUUACCUGGUUUUCAGGCGGGGCCCUUGGAAGACUGGCUCUUUGUGGUCAUGGUUUGCCUGGCCGUCUUCCUCUUCUUCCUCCUCCUGGGCAUCUGCUGGUGUCAGUGCUGCCCACACACCUGCUGCUGUUACGUCAGGUGCCCCUGCUGCCCAGACAAGUGCUGCUGCCCGGAGGCCUUGUAUGCUGCUGGCAAGGCAGCCACCUCAGGAGUCCCAAGCAUCUAUGCCCCUAGCACCUACGGCCACUUGUCCCCAGCCAAGACCCCACCCCCACCAGCCAUUAUUCCCAUGGGCCCUGUCUACAAUGGGUACCCUGGAGACUUUGACAGAAGCAGCUCAGUCGGCGGCCACAGCUCCCAGGUACCCCUGCUUCGUGAUGUGGACAGCAGUGUGACCUCAGAAGUCCGUAGCGGCUACAGGAUUCAGGCCAACCAGCAGGAUGACUCCAUGAGGGUCCUCUAUUACAUGGAGAAAGAGCUGGCCAACUUUGACCCUUCUCGACCAGGCCCCCCCAAUGGCCGUGUGGAGCGGGCCAUGAGUGAAGUCACCUCCCUUCAUGAGGAUGACUGGCGAUCUCGGCCUUCCCGGGUCCCUGCCCUCACCCCGAUCAGGGAUGAGGAGUGGGGUCGUCGCUCUCCCCGGAGUCCCAGGAGGUGGGAGCAGGAGCCCCCUCCAGAGCGACCAGGGAGUGGCUGGAGGGCUGGGCGGCCCCGGGCCCACUCUGUGGAUGCUCUGGACGACCUCACCAGGCCAGGCUCUCCUGAGUCAGGGAGGCGGUCUCCUCCAGGUAGAGGGAGGCGAGGACGGGCCUACACACCCCCGCGAAGCCGCAGCCGUGAUGACCUCUAUGAUCCAGACGACUUGAGGGACUUUCCUCACUCCCGAGAUCCCUACUACAAAGACAGGUCUAGGGAUCGCCCUCAUGCUGAUCCCAGGUCCUACCCCCACCGGUCCCAGGACCCUCGGGACAACAGCUCCAGGUCUGAGGACCCUCAAUAUGAUGGGAGAUUACUGGAAGAGGCCUUGAGGAAAAAAGGGUCUGGGGAGAGGAGGAGACCUUACAGGGAGGAAGAAGAAGAAAAAGAAGCCUAUUAUCCCCCCGCGCCUCCCCCUUACUCUGAAACCGACUCCCAGUCGUCACGAGAGCGGAGACUUAAGAAGAACUUGGCCCUGAGUCGCGAAAGUCUAGUCGUCUGAUCUCUCGUUUUUGUAUCUUUUUUUUGUAUCUUUUUUUUUUUUAACUGAAGUAACAUUGAUGAAGGUCUUCCCCUCUUAAGUCUAAAUAAAAUUUAUAAUCACAAGGCGAAAGUCUCCAGAGAAAUGUUUGUUUUGCUGCGCAAGGUGGGAGGCAGCUGCGUCCUGUCUCAGGAGGAAGGCACUGUCCGCCCGCCGCCUCCUCCCUCUGCCCAGGCCAGGAAUACGUGCCCCACGCCUUCUCCGCCUGGCCCCUGCGUGCGCGCGCCAGCCCCGCCCC